AUGGAGCACAACCUGCUGAAUGAUUCCAUGGGGAAUGCCUCACAGGGAGAAGCCCAGAGCUGUGUGCUGGGUGGGAGACAUGAUUACAUAUUCCUCCUGAUCCCCAUCACAUACAGUGUGAUCUUUGUGGUGGGCGUCAUCGGAAACGGCCUGGUUGUGAUUGUCAUUUAUUGCUACCUGAAGGUGAUCACCGUGGCUAACAUCUUCUUGCUGAACCUGGCACUAGCUGACCUGAUCUUCAUCAUCACCUUGCCUGUGUGGGCAGCCUAUACCGCCAUGGGCUACCACUGGCCAUUCGGGGGCUUCCUCUGCAAAAUGUGCUCCACAUUUGUCCUCAUCAACAUGAAUGCAAGCAUAUUCCUGGUCACAUGUCUCAGUAUUGACCGCUAUCUAGCCAUUGUCCACCCUAUGAGAUCCCGGUCAAAACGUACCUUAAUCCAAGCUCGUGUGGUUUGUACUGUGGUGUGGCUUCUGGCUGCAGUAACCAGCCUGCCCAACACCUUCCUCCGAGAUACCGUCUCCUACGAGAGCUGGAAUAAAACGAUCUGUGCUUUCCAAUACCCGGAACGCCACAAGGAGCAGUGGAUAUUCGGGAUGGCUUUGUUAAAAAUCCUUCUGGGCUUUUUGAUUCCUUCGUUCAUUAUCCUGACGUGUUACUUCCUAAUCUUGCGGAGUCUGAUGCAGGCCUAUCACAUCACACGGAGCAAGCAGACCAAUAAUGAAGCCUUCAAGGUGAUACUAGCCGUUGUCAUAAUGUUUCUCUUCUGCUGGCUUCCCUACCAGAUCAUCACUUUCUUCGACGUACUUUUCCGGUUAAACGUGAUCCAAAAUUGCUAUUUUUCUGAAAUGAUUGACUCUUCCAUCCCCUUCACCAUCUGCCUAGCUUACUCCAACAGUUGUCUGAACCCCAUUCUCUAUGGAUUUGUCGGCCACAAUUUCAGAGAGAAGCUUUUCCUCCUUCUGAGGUGUUUGCCCCCCGGGAUUAAAUCCCAUUCGAGUUUAACCAUCAAAAUGAGUAACCUGUCCUCCCGUACCGUUGAGUCGAUGAGCCUGACAGCCAGGAACCACUUGCCUUGAAUUAAACUGCCCCAACUCACAGGAUGCUGUUUUUUGCACAUCACAGAGGUUUGGGUGAGGAAGAUCUCUCAGCCCAUUUGAUCUCA